CUGACUCGGAGCGCUUCGACCGUUUGGUUCCAGUUAUCCUACAUCAUUCAUGGCCUGUGAUAACAUAACGACAAAAAGCACAAUGCAUUUUCUCCAGGUACCUGGGCACGCAACGCCUUACACCAACAGCGAUGUUAUCCCUCUUCCACCUUCUCGCCGAACAUGGUCGAAGAAAGUGUUUGUGUUCUUUUGGUUCGCAACUGCGAUUAACAUCGCAGAGUGGUCAGGUGCAUCCGCAUCUCUCGCCCUGGGCCUUACGGUUCAGCAAGCGAUUAUCGUAAACCUGACGAGCACGAUCAUUAUCACUGCUGCCCUCGUAAUCAGUGGCUAUGGAGGAGGCCAAUGGCAUGUUCCUUUUGCAGUUAUCAAUCGUGCACCUUGGGGACUGCGGGGCUCGUGGUUUCCACUCCUUAACCGCGUUCUGUUAUCUUGUUGCUGGUAUGGAGUUCAAGGAUGGUUCGGUGGUCAGAUGACAAAAGUGAUGAUUGGUGCGAUAUGGCCGAGUUUCUAUGAUAUGCCGAACACAUUUGGACCCGAUGCUGCAAUGGAAACCAACGACCUUGUUGCCUUCGUUAUAUUUUGGCUUGCAUGCCUCCCUUUAUUGCUUUUAAAACCCGAGUCAUAUCGCAUACCUGCAAUUAUAUCUGCGGUCCUUGUAUUGAUAGCUGCUCUAGCUGUAUUCCUUUGGGCUUUUGUCAAACAAGGAAACGGCGGCCCGCUUUUCUCAAAUCCUGAAGCUGUGUAUGGGAUCGGCAACCUUCAAGGUUCUCAGCUAGCUUGGGUGAUGGUAAGGUGUAUCAAUAGCGGCAUUGGAGGCUGGGCUGGUGGUAUUUUGUAUCAGAGUGACUUUUCACGAUACGCAGUCCACCCUGGAGACCAAGUGUAUGGACAGAUAUUCAGCAUACCUCUGUGUCUUCUCGGAUCCAAUAUCCUUGGGAUUGUGACGACGUCUUGUGCACGGGGCUUUUACCCAAAUGAACCAUUGUUGUGGAAACUUUAUGAUUUGCUCCAGGCAAUUCAACGCAAUGAAGCUCCUGCCGCACGUGCCGCAGUAUUUUUUGCUGCCUUUGCAUUUUUCUUAUCGCAACUAAGUGUAACUGUUGUCGCAUGUGGUGUCGUAGGCGGAAUGGAUCUCGCAGCUUUGUGCCCUCGUUACAUCGACAUCCGUCGUGGCUCAUUGAUCAUUGCUAUCAUUGGAAUAUGCAUCAAUCCUUGGAAAAUCAUGAACACUGCUAACUCUUUCAUAUCCGCAAUUUCUGGAUAUGCAGUCUUCCUGGGACCUCUUACGGGGAUUAUGUUUGCAGAUUAUUACCUCUUAAGACAUCGCCGUAUCAAACUCUCGCAUCUCUUCCUCCCACAGAUCGGAAGCGACUAUUGGUUCUGGCAUGGUUUAAACUGGAGAGCUCCCAUCACUUGGGUCCUGGGUGUUUGGGCAAGCUUACCGGGGUUUUGUGCAUCGGUGACACCAGCGAGCGUGAUCGUUAGUGACACUUGGGUGCAUGUCUAUUACCUUUCGUGGCCCUUGUCGGUGUGCAUAAGCGCAUUGGUAUGGAUGAUACUCAAUACCAUCUCACCAGCCCCUGGUAUAGGUGAGGUAGAUGACGACGACGUCUUCGGAACAUUUGAAGAACUCCAAAAGCCCAAGGACAGCAAAGAAGAGAAAGAGGGGCCAGAUCAUCUGAGCGAUUCCCCGACAUAUAUCACAAGCUUAGAACACGCUUAACAUGACCACAUAGGACUCAUAUAUGUUGACUGUACAGACGUCACGGUGACCGUAAUUUUCACAGAUCACGGUACAAUGUGAUUGAAAGAGAA